AUGUUCACACGCUUGAAUGUAACAAAGUGAGCAAUUCACACACGUGACAAGCUGACAAAUAUAAAGUGCAUCCUUCAGUAACCCUAUUGUGCAAGGUUGAUGCAGAUAGUCCUGGAACAUUGAACCCUGCAACUGUACAGCACAGUACGCACCCUUCAGCCUACAAGAGAUAAGAUAUGCUCUCUACUCCAGGAUUAAUCUCUCUAGUACCUGCUUGUUUUCUUCUUGUUAUUUGAGAAAUGCAGUCUGUAGAAUUACACCUAAUCAUGAAAUGCUAUCAAAUGGGCUGAAACCUGAACUUAUAUCUUCUCUUCACAGAUGCUGCCUGAUGUACUGAGUAACUUUAAUGUUUACUGUUUUUAUUUUCGACUUCCACCAUAACAGUAUUGGGCUUAUGUCUAACCAGGAGGAAUUAGCAGCAGACAGCAAGAGACAGUGAGGAUAUCAUUUGAAACUGGACUCUGAAUUCUGCAUAAUCUGUGUAGAUUUACUCCCACAACCCAAAGAUAUUGACCAGCACUUUCUUAAUAGUACACAAGAGAACUAGCUUGCUCAUUUGGGAUAUGAACUGACUUAUGAUGCAAGAAUUAUUGCCACACAGCCAAAGUUGAAAGGAGUCGGAUACAGAAUCGAAUGGCCGAUUGGUUGCCAAGGACAGUAAUAAGAUAACGAAGCAGACUUCUGCCAAAGCCACACACCAUGAGGAUAUGAGAAAGCAGUCCAGACCAGAGAAAGGAAGCAGCCAGCAGAUGCAGUUCAAUAGCUUUCACCAGCUGAUGGGAAUCACUAAAAAUUGUUCACCACUUCUUUCCGUUCUGUGCGGGUGGAUCAAGGAGAUGUUCAGGGUUCAGCCAAUGAAAUGGAUUUGCUGUGCUUCUGUUGUGAUGGUAGGCAAAUUGGAGUGGAUCCAAGUCUUGAUGUUAUACACCUCUUUCAAAUGAAACACCCUGGUUCUGUCAGCUGCGAAAGUAUGGUGAACUAUGUGCCUGUCUGGACACGCCCCCUUCUGACUGCUCCUGUGGCUCCUCCCACAGGCCGCUGUAUAAAGGCGAUCGAGGUCUGAUCCUCUGCCUCAUUCUCCAGGAUGUAAUAUGAUGGUCACUCACUGCUGGUUCCUUCUUCAGUCAAUAAAAGCCGAUAUCUCGCCUUACGUCUCAGAGUGAGUUAUUGAUGGUGCAUCAAUUUUAUUGACUGAAAGUUUUAAAACAUGGAAACCGUUUUACGUCUGGAAAGGUUGGAUUUGGACCCUCAAGACCCUGAAGCAGCUCUUGCUUUUGAACACUGGCUUGCAUGCUUCCAAUCAUACUUGGCGGAGCUUCAUGCGACUGACCCUGCCGUUAUGUACAGAAUUCUCCUCUCGAGGGUCACCCCAAAAGUUUAUUCCAUUAUCUGGGACCUGCCGACCUACGAAGGGGCACUGGACACCCUCAAAAGACAGUACCUGCGGCCGGUGAACACUGUCUACGCAAGACAUCGUUUAGCUACCCGGCGACAGUGGCCUGGAGAAUCGAGCGCCGAGUUUCUCCGAGCACUACAGACACUCGUCCGAGCUUGUGACUGCAAGACGCUCACGGCAAAACAACAUGUGGAGCUGCUGGUGCGAGACGCCUUUGUGACGGGACUGAGGUCAGUGUACGUGCGCCAGCGGCUGCUGGAACACUCCGAUCUUACCUUACGCUCGGCGAUCGAGAUGGCCAACGCUCUGGAAGCUGCUCUGCACUACACCGAUGCUGUCCAGUCGCGUGAUUCCCCGCCGGUUCCGUGGACGCCUCAGACCCAGCCACCGCCGGCUCCCGCAAGCGAAAUCGCCGCUGCCAGUCGCGAUUCCAUGAGCUCCCCGAACCCGACCAUGGCAGUGGCCCGUCAGAAGCCUGUGCUUUGUUAUUUCUGUGGCCACAAAAAGCACCCUCGUAAACGCUGUCCAGCGCGAGAAACGACCUGCUCCAGCUGCGGAAAGCGGGGCCAUUUCGCCAAAGUCUGCCGCUGUAUAAAGGCGAUCGAGGUCUGAUCCUCUGCCUCAUUCUCCAGGAUGUAAUAUGAUGGUCACUCACUGCUGGUUCCUUCUUCAGUCAAUAAAAGCCGAUAUCUCGCCUUACGUCUCAGGGUGAGUUAUUGAUGGUGCAUCAGUAAGUCUA